UCUAUACUAUUACCGGUAUACCGUACAACCCUAGUUCAAAGUCGUGGUUAUAGCCUGGAAAUUUCGGUAACCUGCCCAACUCUACCUGGUUUACAUAUUACUUAUGCAAGGAACACUUGCCUCUUACUAAUGAAUUUGUACUUUGUUGACACUUGUUAUUUACUCUUUGACCUGGUCAGUCAAAACAGACGAGUAGUAUCUCCACAAAUGUAGAGAUGGUAUCUUGUAUUUACUCUUAAUUGUGCAGGUGUACCUAACGUUGUAGCAGGUGAGUGUUUUUUUUUCUUCCUUUUUGAGCUUUGCAGUGAAACAUCAGUGGCACAACCUCCCAGGCAUGAGGAAUCUGUCAAAUUGCUGUCAACUAUGUGCUGCUUUGUCAUAAGACCACAAAGCACUGGAAACACGAGCCGCUGAAGCUGUUACAUCAGACCAAAGGGCCAAGACGCUGACAUCACACGGACACACAAUCACAUCACCAGCGGACGCGGGUUAGGGAUUUUUCCGUGGUCCGGGUGAAGCGAAGUGAACAAUCAAGCUGAACGGAUCCAAACUGGAUUGAAAAUGAAAAAAAAAAAAAAAAAAAAAUGAAAAAAAAAAAAAAAAAAAAAAAAAAAAAAAAAGAACAGGAGUCACUGCUGGAUGUGCGCAAGAAAAAAGAUCACACAGAAUAUUGAUAAUAAAAUCGAUUUAUUACGGGUUGUUUGGAGCAGGUGGUUUCACUGGAGUUGGUGUGCUUUGUCAAACUGUAGUAGACGUGGUGUGUCAGUUGGUCAACGAAAAAAAAAAAAAAGAAAAAAAAAAAAAAAAAAAAAAGAACAGGAGUCUGCUGGAUGUGCGCAAGAAAAAAGAUCACACAGAAUAUUGAUAAUAAAAUCGAUUUAUUACGGGUUGUUUGGAGCAGGUGGUUUCACUGGAGUUGGUGUGCUUCGUCAAACUGUAGUAGACGGGGUGUGUCAGUUGGUCAACGAAAAAAAAAAAAAAGAAAAAAAAAAAAGAACAGGAGUCUGCUGGAUGUGCGCAAGAAAAAAGAUCACACAGAAUAUUGAUAAUAAAAUCGAUUUGUUACGGGUUGUUUGGAGCAGGCGGUUUCACUGGAGUUGGUGUGCUUCGUCAAACUUUAGUAGACGGGGUGUGUCAGUUGGUCAACGAAAAAAAAAAAAUAAAAAAGGAAAAAAAUGGAAAAAAAUAAAAAAUAAAAAAAAUAAAAAGGACAGGAGUCACUGCUGGAUGUGCGCAAGAAAAAAGUUCACACAGAAUAUUGAUAAUAAAAUCGAUUUAUUACGGGUUGUUUGGAGCAGGUGGUUUCACUGGAGUUGGUGUGCUUCGUCAAACUGUACUAGACGUGGUGUGUCAGUUGGUCAACGAAAAAAAAAAAAAAAAAAAAAAAAAAGAACAGGAGUCUGCUGGAUGUGCGCAAGAAAAAAGAUCACACAGAAUAUUGAUAAUAAAAUCGAUUUAUUACGGGUUGUUUGGAGCAGGUGGUUUCACUGGAGUUGGUGUGCUUCGUCAAACUGUAGUAGACGGGGUGUGUCAGUUGGUCAACGAAAAAAAAAUAAAUAAAUAAAAAAAUGGAAAAAAUAAAAAAAUUAAAAAUAUAAAAAGGACAGGAGUCUGCUGGAUGUGCGCAAGAAAAAAGUUCACACAGAAUAUUGAUAAUAAAAUCGAUUUAUUACGGGUUGUUUGGAGCAGGUGGUUUCACUGGAGUUGGUGUGCUUCGUCAAACUGUACUAGACGUGGUGUGUCAGUUGGUCAACGAAAAAAAAAAAAAAGAAAACAAAAAAAAAAAAAAAAAAAAAAGAACAGGAGUCUGCUGGAUGUGCGCAAGAAAAAAAGAUCACACAGAAUAUUGAUAAUAAAAUCGAUUUAUUACGGGUUGUUUGGAGCAGGUGGUUUCACUGGAGUUGGUGUGCUUCGUCAAACUGUAGUAGACGUGGUGUGUCAGUUGGUCAACGA